AUGACAGCUUCGUCUCAAAGCUCUUCUCUGAAUAAUUUUGAAACUCCGAAAUCCGAAGUGACUUCAGAAACAGAAAAUCUGUCUCACACUUCGUAUCAUGCAUCAUUUAAUGCAUAUCCACUGGAAUGCUCACCAAAUCUUCUAAACCCUACCAACGAAGUAAUAUACAUGCCCUUAAAUCCAACAAAUGUUCCUCUAUCACUUCAACCAGCAAGCGUUUCCAGUGAAACACAGCAUGAACUUCCACAAAGCUACAGUCGCCCAAUAUGUCAUGGGUUCAUUUUUCCAAACUCAUUAGACGGCAUAAAUGAUGAUAGUUUAGGUCACGCAAGUAUGCCGGAUGUUCAGGAUAAUUCAGAAAAUGUAUUUCAUAGCAUACAAAAUCAGGUUUUAGGUCAAAAUAUAAGCGACUUAGAUUACAAUGCUCAGAGGCAGCUACAACUUCUGUUGCUCCAGAAACUGAUUGAACUACAACUUGCACAAUAUUAUGAUACGCUCAAAAGUACCAUUCCACUGCAAAGCCAGUCGAACAUUCAGUCUCAAAAUCAAGAACCGCUCCCAAGCAAUGUUCAAAAUUUUGGCUUAAAUGAGCAUCCUAAUCAAAACUGGGCUGUAAAUAGUGAACACUCAGAUAUGUCUACAUUUCUAGUACCAGUUGAAGCCAAGUUUGAAGGAGAAAGUGGUCUUUCGUUACAUAUAACUCCAAGAGAUGACAGUAGUAAUACUAGCCAAAAAGGUUCCGUUACUGUAGAAUGUCCGGGUCAGCCUAUUGUGCUAUACCCGUAUACUGUUCAACAUGAUGUUCCACAAGAAGAAACAUCUCCCGUUAGUCAAUCAAUUAAUGACUCGUAUGCAAGUGGUCCAACUGCGCAGGCACUAACGAUAAAAGAUAUACACCAGUGCAUACGCAAAGGCUCAUUUGAGUUUACUCCUGAAUCUAGUAAUGAUAUAGUUGAGAGUAUACGGGGUCAUACGAGACCUGGAUUUGUGUUAUUGAGUGUACGACAUGAAAAGAUAAAAGCAAGAAACUUAAUCUCACCAAGUUCUGAAUCAGGUCUUAAGAAAAUUCGUUCAUCCCCCAAUUUGGGAACAGCGAACUCUGAAACAAAGACAGGAAGCUUUGGUGCAAUGAAAAAAUCCAGGAAACGAAUGAAAUAUGCAAAAAGCGAAACAGAACUGAAGAGGCGAUCAAUGCGACUUUCUCCGAAGUCUCUCUUGGAAAGUACAGUGAGUAAUGGUGCAGCUCAAUCUCCAGUAGAACUUACGGAAGAUGAACUUAAAGCUUUAUCGUCACAGUCGAGGUUCAGGGUGACUAGGUUUGCGGACAAGAAACAAGCAUGGAUAGCUCCUUCAAAAGCAAGCUGCUUGGCUGUACACGAUCUAUGGACUACUAAACUUCCAGAAUAUGUAUUGAAGUGUGCUGAGCAUUUGAAGAAUCCAGGUUCUGAGGGAUUCAUUCAGGAAGGGAAAAAUAAUACCAUACCUUAUUCCUUGGAAGCAAUUAUAAAUGGACGUUGUAUAGCUUGCCAAAAUCAAUCCCUGCCAUCAAAUGAUUGUGGUCAUAAAAAUCCUAGAAAAGAAACAAAAAAUAGCUCAUUACUAUCAAAAAUAUCAGUGUUACUGUGUAAUUUGCGAAAAUUACUCAGAUUUAAAUGA